CAGCCGCCGCUGGCGCUUCCCGCUCGGCGCUCGCCGGUGGCAGGUAGGUGCUACUGGCCUGCUAGUCAAGUGAACUUAAUACCUCAUGGAAAAAAACACACAGUUGCAUAGCGUGUUCUGUGGGAUGCUUCGGCGGGAGAGAUGUUUCUAGAGAUGGGCACAAGAGAAACCCCUGACUUUCUUCUGUAUGGCUAGGUCCUGGUGGUUACCCUUGAUCAAGCUCAUGGUAAAGUAAAACUUCAGGAAGUUUACCUCUCCUCCUGGUGAAGGAUCUGUCUGUGAAGCCGAGAGCGAGGAAAGGUGUAGUACAGGCUUUAUGUGCCUUCAUCGCCUCGUUUCAGUGAAAGAACAGAAAAUGAAGCUCUAAUAAGCACAUUCCGUGAUACGGUUUUGGCCUGUGCCAGCUAGCACACCCCCAGAUGACACCUGUGGCGGGAUGGCGAGGGACUGUUCUCAGCAGGCAUUAUUGAAAAGGUGACAUUGGUGACAGAAGAAGAACAAGAAUGAUUACAUAUCCAUAACUCCCAGCAGCAUGUCAGGGUAUAUACCCAGUUACUUAGACAAGGAUGAGCUAUGUGUAGUAUGUGGGGACAAAGCCACCGGAUAUCAUUAUCGCUGCAUCACUUGCGAAGGUUGCAAGGGUUUUUUUAGAAGAACCAUUCAGAAAAACCUCCAUCCAACCUACUCCUGUAAAUAUGAAGGAAAAUGUGUGAUAGACAAAGUAACAAGAAAUCAGUGCCAGGAAUGUCGCUUCAAAAAAUGUAUCUUUGUUGGCAUGGCAACAGAUUUGGUGUUGGAUGACAGCAAGAGGUUGGCAAAGAGGAAGCUAAUAGAAGAAAAUCGAGAGAAGAGACGUCGGGAAGAGCUGCAGAAAACCAUUGGGCACAAACCAGAGCCAACAAAUGAGGAAUGGGAGCUCAUCAAAAUUGUUACUGAAGCACAUGUGGCCACCAAUGCACAAGGAAGCCACUGGAAGCAGAAAAGGAAAUUUCUGCCAGAAGAUAUUGGUCAGGCACCAAUAGUUAAUGCCCCAGAAGGUGGGAAAGUGGAUUUAGAAGCCUUCAGCCAGUUUACAAAAAUUAUCACACCAGCGAUUACAAGAGUGGUGGAUUUUGCCAAAAAGUUGCCUAUGUUUUGUGAGCUGCCAUGUGAAGACCAGAUCAUCCUUCUGAAAGGCUGCUGUAUGGAGAUAAUGUCCCUCCGAGCAGCAGUUCGCUAUGACCCCGAGAGUGAGACUUUAACACUGAAUGGGGAGAUGGCGGUGACAAGGGGCCAGCUGAAAAAUGGGGGUCUUGGCGUAGUGUCUGAUGCCAUUUUUGACCUGGGUAUGUCUCUUUCUUCAUUUAACCUGGAUGACACCGAGGUUGCCCUUCUUCAGGCUGUUCUGCUCAUGUCAUCAGAUCGCCCAGGCCUUGUUUGUGUUGAGAGGAUUGAGAAGUGUCAAGAGGGUUUCCUCCUGGCAUUUGAACACUACAUUAAUUACAGAAAACACCAUGUUGCACACUUUUGGCCAAAACUGCUGAUGAAAGUGACAGACCUGCGAAUGAUUGGAGCGUGCCAUGCCAGCCGCUUCCUGCACAUGAAGGUGGAGUGCCCCACAGAACUCUUCCCUCCGUUGUUCCUGGAAGUGUUUGAGGAUUAGAGAGACUGGAGCAGUUCUCCACACCCCCAUCACACUACUGGCUGUCAUUUCAUCCCGUUGUCCAUCUCUUCUCACCUCUGUUUGUUCUUCUUCUUCCAUCUCUUCUGUUUCUUGAGGCAGGGUUGGCUUUUUGUUCAGUUUUACUUCUGGGGUUACUGGGGGGCAGUUGUGUGCACAUGGAUGAAAACAUCCCUUUAACGCGAGUACUUGUGACUUUUAACUAUUGCAAUUUGUUCUUUGGUCCUUUGAUGUGAAUGCUUUGACAGCUUAACAGUGAAAAUACAAACAAACUAAUCUCAUUCACCAGCACUAGCGUGGUCACCAGCUCACACAUAAGUUGCUUGGAAACUAUGGGAGAGAAAUUGAAGUGGCAGAAAAUAAAUUGGCUUCCAAGGUAAAACAACUAUUGUUAAUUUGACCCUGACGAUUCUGUCUAGUAUUACCUCAUUUUGCAGGGCACAAGUGACCUGAGAUGACGAUUUCUAGUCUUUGUGGUUUUUCCUACUGUAACAAUCACCAUUAUGAUCUAAGAUCUCCGUCAUCAUCAUAAUCACAUUAUUACCUGAGGAUUGUUCCAGCAGAUACAGUUUAACAGUGCCUCAUAAAUCAAGUACUUAAAGUAACACAGAUUUAGAAGGGACUGGCUCAUUUUUUUCCACAUGUAUAAGAAAUUAAGAUCCUUCAGUUCUUACUACAGUUGAACUCCAUCUAACUUCACUGGAAGGUCUGUUGGAGUAAGGAGGGGAAUAUGAUCCUCUGAGGUGCUUUUUCUGAGAGUGAAAAUGUCUGCUUUUUGUGAGGUGUGUGGAAAAAUCGUCACUCUGAGGGAUAAGGCUCUCUGUCAGGAUAGCAGGCUUUCCUUGGAGUUAUUCAGGGAUAUGAAUGCUCACAGAAUGAGGACAAGGAGAAUAAAGUAUAUGGAGUGACCUUCAGAUGGGACAAAACCCAACUGUUUUAUUAAUGACACUCAAGACUGUACAGCUUUAUUCCAGUAAUACAGUGUUGCUUGGCUGUAGUCUUUUGGUUUAUAUAUAUAUAUAUAUAAAGUUUAUAUGCAUGUAUAUAUAUAAUUUUAUAUAUAUAUAAUUACAAAUCAUCAUCAGAUGUCUUAAACAUAUUUCCAUUGUUUUAUCUUUUCUCUCUCUCCUACCCUCUCCUCUGUGUGUGUUGAUCAGCCUGGUUCUCCCUCCUUGGUGUCUGUAUGACUUUUGUUUGGCUAGGUUCUCUCUUUGAGUCUUCUAAUUUAUUUCCACUAACUGCACUAACAGGAACCAAACUCAGCAAUGAUGGGAUGUUCUGCUGCCAAAAUCUGCAAGCCAGUACUCAGUCUUGGAAUGUUUGGAGACCGGUGAUGAGGGCAUGCUAGGUGGAGGUUCCUCUCUGUCGUACAUCUCCAUUCAGGGAUGUUGUCCCUAGGUUUUACAAAUUUGAUAUUAAGCCAUUCUCUGAAUUUGUAUGAUACAUCAAAAGCAUCCUUCUGUUCUUCCUGGGAAUCAGAGAUUCAGUUCACCUAUUCUGCACUUCCUCAUAUCCCAUGUUCUUUCAUGUUGUGCAUGCAUUUGUACCAGUUUCUUUUCUCUGCUAUUUAUUGAUACAUUUGUCUGGCAAGUCAGUGGGCAUUGUUAGGGUGGAUGUGUUGACUUUCAAAGCUCAUGGCCCAUACUAAGCCUGUAUGUUAUGUGUUUAUCCCCUCAUGAAAACAUGGUACUCAGGAAAAUUUGGUGGUGGAACACAAUAUGUGUGUGUCAGGGGCUGAAUUCUUCCCACCCCUCUUUCCUUGCAUCAUUGAUAAUGCAUUUGCAGUGCUAUUGGCUGUGGUUUCAGGGAUUGGAAUCUUGUUCUACCUGCUCUUUGAUACCAUAUGCACCUGUGAUGAGGUGUAAGCACUGAUGUUAUCACUUAGGGGGUUGUACCCUUAAUUUUGUGAGAACAUAAAUCACAGUGGGGUGUUUAGGGUUUUUAUGCAGGUAGCAAGGAAGACAGACCAUUGGAAAUUUGUUCUUAAAUGUUUGCUGAAGUUGAAGAACCUCUGUUGCGGGCUGUGUUUACUCCAUCUCGAAGCAUAUGUAUUAACAGCAUCGGUCUCUAUCUAAACUCCUUGUAGAGAACUGUUUACUGGGGGAAGAAGAGCUUAAAAACUUUCCAGCUUUUUGGAACAUGAGACCAGAAAAUCUGAUGAACUUGCAUGUACUCAUGUGGAAUCUCAGAUGAGCAGCAUCUGUCAUAAAAGCAUAGUCAGUAAAGAGUGCAAAAUACCUCAUUUGGAGGUGGUUUCAUAGGGAAUUGAUAGCACAGGGAAAGCAAAAAAUCAACAGACCCAUUACCUGUAUCUAUACCCACAGUGGCUUGCAAAGAAAAGAGAAUUGUGCAUGUCCUCUGGAGUUCUACCACAGAUCUGAGCAUGGAGUUCCUCAUGAAGCCAGUGCAAGUAUCUCACCUGUUUGCUAAAUGUCAUCUUGAACUAGUGUAUAAUCUUUUGACCCUGAUGUGAAUGAGACCCAGGAGAAGAAACACCAUGUUUCUCCUAGUAGUGCUUGCAAUGAUCUCACUACAAGAUCCACAAUGUUUCGUAUGUUUUUCAGAGCUUCAUUUUCUGGAGUUCUGCAGCUGCUUGAGAGGUUCUUUCUGUCAUUAAGGUCAACAAUUCUUACCCUUUGGGCUAUAAAGAAAAUCAGUAGGCUAAAUGUUAAAUAUUUAGGUGGGAAGUCACUACCCAAAAGUGACUUAGCUCAUAACUGUUGUGGCCCUUAUGCCUGGCUUUUGAACACUUGGGAUUGUCAGGACUGCAUUAUUCAAAAUAUAAAUAAAGAUCAGAGGUUAGAAAAAAAAUGUGAGAGUUACUGGAUUGACCUGGGGAAACAGCAAGAGGAGGAUCAACUUGAAGCACCCUGGACAGAACUGCAGCUUGAGACAGUGCUGAGAAUUAACACUUUGCAUUACUGACUGCUGUGAAAAUCACUGCUUGUACAGAAACUUGUACCCAGAGCUCUACCAUGGCAAGUUAUAAAGUUUUAGAACAGCUUGCAUAAAUGAAUGUCUGAAUUCAAGCAUGUAAGCUGCCUGAGUUAGUGGCCUGACUUCCCAAGGUGCUGAUGUAGUUUGGAGUUGUGCUUAAUCAGGAUUCAGAAAAUAACCUCCUUAGGUGGUUGCAGAUGGACUGAAGUACUGAAAAUCAAGCAACCAACUUGAUAGGUUUGGCAGGGUUCUAAGCAGAAAGGACAUAUGUCAGCAUACUUUUCUAGCUUUUUAGAUUAAGCUGGAGUCUAGCACUGAUUAACAGGGCAGGAUUAGUAGUAGUCAACUGAAAACUAAGACCAAGCUCUUAGUUUGACAGAUUUGAUGUACUGACAUCUAAUGGCCUCUGAUCUCCUACCAGUCUUAUUUUGUGUAACUUCAUUUACUCCCUCAGUAUGACUCCUGAUUUAUGUGAUGAUGAAAGCAAAACUCGAUCACAUGAGGAUGUUCUUGAAGAUUCUUACCAGUGGAUACUGGCUGUAGUUCUGCAAAGGCAUAGUUGUUUUUAACCAUCUGAGUGGCAGACAUCAGUACUGCAGUCAGCACGCUUUGUAGUAGCUGGCCUUCUGAGUAAAAUAACAAACAUACACUUUCCAGUGCAGUCCCAAGUCUCAUUUCUGAUGGUGCCACAUAACUCUCAUUUUUGCUUUGUGGUCUGUGUGUUGGUCUCACGUAGGAGAUUCUUCCUGUCAGACCUGAUUGUCACCAUUUAUGGUUUUGCCCUGAGUAACUCGUGCAUUUAGAUACUCAUUUCAUGUGUGAUCUCAGUUAUGAUAUUUAUAAUGACAUAAACAGUGUGUGAUAAUGAUUUUUGUUUACAUUCUGCCAAAAUACAGACCUUAGAGAGAGACUUCCAAGGUCCAAAAUAACUCUUGAGCAGACUGCUUGCUUCUUCAGAGGCAGGCAUCAGAAAAGAGGAAAAAACUGUCCAGAAAGACCAUUUAUAUCAGCAAUCUGCCAGGACAGGGCUGUUGAUAACAAGCAGAGCAUGUCAUUGCUAGUGAUGUAUUUUUAUGCUAUGGAACUCUAAACUGUAUGUGUCAUAUUGACUUCUUGCUGCAUGAAUCAUAAAUUAUACAAAUCGGUCUUAUGGUUUUGAGAUGUAGCCAGCAUUCCUAAGGCUAAACCUUUUUCAUUGGUGGAAUUAAACUCCACAACCAAGGAACAUACUCCUCUCACUGUGAGAGUAAUUGAAAGUGUUCAGCAUUUAUCUUUUCACAAAGGAAGAGGCAACAGGACCUCUUGAUGUGUCUUGUUAUUGUGAUCAUCUGGAAAUGAUUGCCAGACGUUUCCUUUUGAUACAGCGAUGAAGUGAUCUGUAUUUAAAUUUUAUAGAGAGAAUUUUAUUCUAGUGUGAUAGAGAUUUAUUUUCCAUUUAAAAAACUCAAAGCGAUGUGAGCACGGUGAGGUGGUUUUUUUUACUAUGGUAUAUUUUUGCUUUAAAAUUAAAAACAAAAAAAAAAAAGGUUUGGCCUUAUCACAAAGUUCUAGCAUAGAUGUUAGCAAAUGCAAAGAGUAUGCAUUAUUCGUGUGUAUCCACAUUGACUGAUGUCGCCUUCAAAAAGCAAUAUUGUGCAGGUAAUAAGGUGUUUGUGACUGUCCAUUGCACAGUUUACCUUCUUUAAAAGCUAAUCUUGUUUAUGCACAAGACAAUCAAAUGUAAAUCUACAUCAGCACCCAGGUGUAGAUUAAAUAUAUGUAAAUUACUGAGCACAAUGUAAAACAUUAAAAGACACUUUAUUUAAUUACACAUUUAAUGUUGGUAAAGAUAGUAUCAGGGCACGAACUAGCUGACAUACUGUAAUU